AUGAACAUACCUGGGUCUCGAUGCUUAGGUGGAUCAAGGCGAUUUUCUUCCGCUUCUAUGGUGGGUGGCCGAAGCUCUGCUCCUCCAUGCCAGUCGUAUGGAAGAUCAUGUGGGACUGGUGGCUACUCCAGCAUGAGCCUGAAUAAUUUUGCUGGGGGAAGCCAAAGAAUCUCUUACAGCCAAGGCUAUGGAGGACAAGUCUAUGGGGCAGUUGGUGGACAGCGCAUGGGAAUGGGCGGGCAGGCGAUGGGAAUGGGGGGUCUUGGUUAUGGUGGAGGGUUUGGUGGAGGCUAUGGGGGUGCUGAAUGCCAGAGUGGAUAUGGAGGAUAUGGUAGAAUGGGCAGCAUGACUAGCAGCAGAAGCGAAGGGAUCCGGGGGGUCUCUAUUGACGAGCGCCUCUUGAAGCCACUUUGUCUUGGAGUUGAUCCCGAGGAGCAUAAAGCACGGACGCAUGAGAAAGAAGAGAUGAAAACCUUGAACAACCAGUUUGCUUGCUUCAUUGAUAAGGUUCGAUCCCUGGAGCAGCAAAACAAAGUUCUUGCUACUAAGUGGGAACUCCUGAAUCAGUAUGUUCAGCCUACCCGGAAGAACCUCGAAGGCUACUAUGAGAAUUUCAUUGUGUCACUUAAGAAACAACUGGAAUGUGUCCUAAGUGAAAGAGAAAAACUGGAACACGAACAGAAGAACAUGCAGGAACUAGUUGAGGAAUAUAGGUCUAGGUAUGAAGACGAGGUUAAUAGGCGUACAACAGCAGAGAAUGACUUUGUGGUGCUGAAAAAGGAUGUUGAUUGUGUCUUCCUCACUAAAGAAGAGCUGGAAUCUAAAGUUGAUGUUUUAGCACAAGAAUUGGAGACUCUGAGGUGUAUCUUUGCAGAGGAAUUAACUCAGUGCAACAACCAAAUCUGUGACACUUCUGUGAUUCUGAAAAUGGACAAUACACGUGACCUGGAUAUGGACCUCAUCCUUAAGAACGUAGAAGCCUGGUAUCAGAAUAUUGCUCACACCAGCAAGCAAGAAGCUGAAGCUUUUUACCACAGCAAGAUUGUAGAAAUUCAGAACAAUAAAGGCAAAUUCAACGAAGAACUGAAAAACAACCAGCACGAAAUUGCGGAGCUCAGCAGGAUGGUCCAGAGGCUGCAAAUGGACAGUGAUAAUGCAAAGAAGCAGGUUGCCAGUCUUCAGUCAGCCAUUUGUGACUCUGAGCAACGUGGUGACAUUGCCUUAAAAGAUGCUCGUAGUAAGCACGUUGACCUGCAGACAGCCUACCAGCAGUCUAAAGAUAAACUGACAUGCCUGCUCCGUGAUUACCAGGAGCUGCUAAACACCAAGCUGGCUCUAGAUAUUGAAAUUGCUACCUACAAGGCACUGCUGGAAGGAGAGGAGAGCAGGAUUUACACAGGCAACCCUGUCAGUGUUGCAAUGGUUAGUGGAGGCUACCCAGUGGGUGAGUGUGCCCCUGGAAUGGGAGUCGGUGUGGCCUAUGGUGCUGCUGCUGGAAGAGGCAUGGAACACAAUCAUGGGAACUUCAAUGGCGCAGGAGAAGGCUUCACUCCUGGGAAUGCACCUUGUGUCCACACUAUGGGCUCCAGGACUACAGGAGGUUCCGCAGGCAUGGCAGCUGGAGUUAAUCAUGGGAUGGUACAUGGGGCUGGGUUGGGAACUGCAGGAGGGGUUAGUGCCAGCAGUGGUGGCUACACAGGCAAUGUUACCACCAAGCAUGUAAUGACCUCUGGAGGUGGGAGACAUAACUCAGGUCUUUCUGCAGAUGGAAACUGUGCAAGUAGUCACCAUGGUGGAAUACACCAUAGUGUAGGAGCCACCUGUUCUCCUGGUGGGUCUGGCAUGGGAAUGCAUAGUUCUGGGGCUGGAGGCAUCUCCGGAGCUAUGUUUGGGGCUUCCCGUGGUGAGAGCAGCUCUGCGCUUAGAAAUGUCCAAGUCACAUCAGUCAGUUCUUCAGUCAGAAAAUUUAUGUACUAA